AUGUUUUUAAAUGUUUACCUCCACGCGCCUUCUGCCGCAGAGACACACCGCUGCCGCGCGUGCGCGUCUGUGCACGUGCGUGCGCCUGAGAGCGAGCUCCCAUUGGCUGCUGCGCCCCUCCCACGUGACCCUGCCUCGCGCAGUGGUUGGCUGCGCGCUCCCGGCUCCGGCCUCUGUGCGUGUGCGCGCGGCCCGUGCGCGCGGCCCCAAAGCCAAAUGAAGCAGCGUCAGAUCCACACUGUCCCCCGCCGCCGCUCCGUGAUGCGGGACCGAGACCGAGACCUGAAGAUGCUGCAGAAGUCCUCGUUCUCCAUCAACGCGCUGCUCCCGGAGGCCGCGCGCAGCGAUCGGAACGAGAGGGAGGCACGCGAGGCGAGAGAGGCGCGAGAGGCGGCUCUGAGAGAGUCACUGCGGGAACCUCUACGGGAACCUCUACGGGAGCCUAUACGGGAGCCGCUACGGGAGCCGUUACGGGAGCCUCUACGGGAGCCUCUACGGGAGCCGCUACGGGACCAGAUCCAGGACCAGGACCGGGAGCAGCGCGAGCAGAGCCCGGGCAGAGCAGCUGUUCCUCCCGCUGAGCUGAAGCCCGAGGCCCGGGAGCAGGAGGCGGAGAAGGACGCGGACCCAGCGGAGAAGAAGGAGGAGGAGAAGAAGGGGAAGUACGAGAAGCCUCCGUUCAGCUACAACGCGCUCAUCAUGAUGGCGAUCCGCCAGAGCCCGGAGAAGCGCCUCACGCUCAACGGCAUCUACGAGUUCAUCAUGAAGAACUUCCCGUACUAUCGCGAGAACAAGCAGGGCUGGCAGAACUCCAUCCGCCACAACCUCAGCCUCAACAAGUGCUUCGUGAAAGUCCCGCGACACUAUGACGACCCGGGGAAGGGCAACUACUGGAUGUUGGACCCGAGCAGCGACGACGUGUUCAUCGGCGGAACCACCGGAAAGCUGCGGCGGCGCUCCACCACGUCACGCGCCAAACUGGCCUUCAAGCGGGGCGCGCGCCUGACGUCGGGACUCACGUUCAUGGAGCGCGCGGGCUCGCUGUACUGGCCCGUGUCCCCGUUUCUGCGUGCAGGACACUUCGGGUAUAACGGCUCUUCUUCCGGGUACCACGCGCACCACGCCAUGUCGUACGGAGGCAUCGGAGGCAUGCUUGCGCCCACCACGGCCCCGUUCCCCGCCACGUGUCCGGACCUGCCGUACGCCACGCACCACCUGACAGCCGCGGCGCUCGCGGCCUCGUGCUCGUCCUCGUACCCGCUGAACCCGUGCCUCCUCGCGGGACAGACCAGCUACUUCUUCCCACACGCCCCGCACGCGUCCACGAGCUCCGCGCCCACAGUGUCCCUGUCCCGCGUGUCCACCGCCGUAUCCCCGCAGACGCACGCGCCCCCGGUGUCAGCGCCUGCGCUUUGUGACUCUCUGAGGCCUCUGUCCGGGCCCUUCACCGGGCUGUCCCCGGGGCUGUCCACGGGGCUCAGUGACUACUUCACCCAGACCCAGGGCUCAGCCCCAAACCCGCUGAUCCACUAA